CUGGGGGGAGUGAGUUCCAGAGAUGGGGAGCAGAGCAGCUGAAAGCUCUGCUCCGCAUGGUAGUGAGACGGGCAGAAGGAACAGCAAGAUGGAGGGAGGAAGAUGAUCUGAGGGAACGGGAGGGGGUGGUAAUACUUAUAAGGUCUGAAAUAUAUGGAGGAGAGAGGUUGUGGAUGGCUUUGAAGGUAUGGAGGAGAAUCUUGAAGAUGGACCUGAAUUUAACAGGAAGCCAGUGAAGCUGCUGGAGAACUGGGGUGAUGUGGUGAAAGGAAGGGGUUCUGGUGAUAAUACGGCCUCCUGAGGUUUAUGAAGGAGUUUGUAAGGGGGACCAAAACGAAGUGAAUUUCAGUAAUUGAGACGGGAGGUGAUGAGACUGUGGACAAUGGUGGCAGUGUGAGGGGUAAGGGAGGGGUGGAGACGGUUUAUGAAUCGAAGAUGGAAGUAGGCUGACCGAGUUAUGUUAUUGAUGUGAGCAUGAAAAGAAAGUGAGCUGUCAAGGAUGACACCAAGACUCUUAACCUGAGGGGAGGGGAAGACUGUGGCGCUGUCAAUAGUUAAAGAAAAGCUGUCAGAUUUGGAGAUGGUGGAUUUGGUACCAACAAGAAGUUCAGUUUUAUUGCCGUUGAGUUUGAGGAAAUUAGAGGUGAACCAAGAUUUGAUUUUACAAUUAAUCAGCCUACAUAAUGUGAUCAUAUUAGUAAUUUUUAUUUUCCAAAAUCCCAAUGAGCUAAAAUGCCUAAAUAAAUAAUUCAUUUGUGUGUUGAUUAGGAAGUUGUCACCUCACCUGAGUUUGUGUUGGCGUUUUAUUUUGAAAGUUCUGAUCGGAAGUUGGAUGUUUUUGCUCUGCGUAAGCUGACGGGGGUGUGAGCAGCGACUGUAGUAGGAGGAGGGGAAGAUGAUAAUGAGAGGGCCGCUCCGGGAAAGGAUCAACAACACGGCUCCUGCUCAGCGUGCUAGGAGCCUUCUGACCAGUCUCGCUACUAUUAGAUGGUUAACGCGGACAGCACCGACUCAUUUACGCGUAUUAACGUGGCCAACAUUAAACUCUCACUCACCAUUAAAGGCGCUUCAGACAAGUUUGGCCCGAGAGGACUGCGACCAUAACAAGCAACUGCGUGGAAAGUUUAAAUGGACUUUAAAUGUGCUGAUGUCAGAACCAUUAAAGCCAACUGGACUUGCAGGUUUCACUGAAGACGGAAACAAAUUUGUUGGACAUCAAUUUCCAGAUGGAGAUUAAAGACUGAUUUCGUCUGAUCCUCACAUUGAACGGAAAGAAAAAUGUGACUACCUGCGCCCUCUUCAUCCUCUUCUUGGUUUUCUUCUAAACGGAGUUUUGAUACUUAAUUUUACCCAGACGAGAAAGGAAUUGGAGGUUAAAUCUGGUCCGAGAAAAGUCUGAAAGAGGAGCAUCAAUGGAUUAAGAGACUUCCGACUCCAGUGUGAAGUGCCUGAAGAAAGACCGGGAGAUGUGGGAAGGAGCCUGACAGACGGCCAUGGGACUGGAGAGACGGUGGCUUCAUGCUGUCACCACUGCUGUAUUCUUCUGUCUGAUAAGUGUGUCGCAGAGUUUGGCAUCACUGGUUCGUGCCAGAGAGGGGGCCUCUGCAGAGUUGGGCUGUAAUCUCACCCCUGCAUCCAAAGAAGUAACUACCCCAAACCUCUUUCCACUGCAUGUCGUGGAGUGGGUGCGUCUCGGUUACAACGUUCCCAUCCUCAUCAAAUUUGGAGUAUACGCUCCCCGAGUUCAUCCUAAUUAUAAGGGUCGCGUGUCUCUGACUCGGGGCGCCUCUCUGCUCGUAGAGCGCCUGACCCUGGAGGAUGAGGGCUGGUUUGAAUGUCGCAUCCUUCUCCUGGACAGCAAAACCGACGACUUUCAGAACGGCACAUGGACCUUCCUCUCUAUCACAGCUCCACCUGUAUUCAUCAAGACUCCACCAAAAUUUGUGGAGGUUCUGCUCGGAGAUUCGCUGACACUCAGCUGUGGAGCUCAUGGCAACCCACGUCCAACUGUUGUGUGGCACAAAGACGAGAACCUGAUUGAAAAACACGAGAAAAUCAAAGUGCUGAAUGGUACCUUGUCUCUGGCCUCCAUCACUCAGGAUUUUUCAGGGGUGUAUAAAUGUCACGUGUCCAACACAGAGGGGAACCUGACCCACUCUACACAGAUCCAGGUCCAAGGUCCACCAAUCAUCAUCAUUUCCCCUGAGGACACCACCCUGAACAUGACCCAGGAUGCAGUUCUACAGUGUCAGGCCGACGCCUACCCUUCAAACCUCACCUAUGAGUGGAUGAAACAAGGGCAGAACGUUUACCAUAUUGAGUCCUUAAAAUCCAGAGUGAAGGUUUUGGUUGAUGGAACUCUUCUGAUCCCUAAUCUAAUCCCAGAAGAUGCUGGAAACUACACGUGCAUCCCCACUAAUGGAAUACUGAGCCCGCCCUCAGCUUCAGCCCAUCUGAAAGUGAAACAUCCUGCUCGUGUUGCACGAAUGCCCCGGGAGACCUACCUACCUGCAGGGAUGGAGGGCAAGAUUUUCUGUCCGGUUCAGGCAGAUCCUCCUGUGCUGUAUGUCAACUGGACCAAAGACGGGAAGAAUUUAAAUCUUGACAAUUUCCCGGGUUGGAUGGUGAACUCAGAGGGUUCGGUAUUUAUAGCCACAGCCAAUGACAACGCUGUGGGCAUGUACACCUGUACUCCCUACAACAGCUAUGGCACCAUGGGCCAGUCUGAGCCAACUAGAGUCAUUUUGCAGGACCCACCUUCAUUUCGGGUGCAUCCUCUACCAGAGUAUCUCCAGGAGGUAGGCCGGGAGUUGAUCAUCCCCUGUGAAGCCAUUGGAGACCCUGUUCCUAACAUCACCUGGAGCAAGAUUGGCCCUACCCCUCGUUCGCCAUACGUCGUGCUGACUAACGGCUCCCUCAUUCUGCAGCCGCUGAGCAAAGAUCACCACGGGGGCUGGGAGUGUCUGGCCACUAAUCGUGUGGCGACUGUCAGUGCGGGCACUGUGGUUGUUGUGCUGGGGACAAGUCCUCAUGUUGUGUCCUCUGUGACGGUCACAGUAGAGCUGAAACAGGCAAACGUGUCUUGGGUUCCGGGUUUUGAUGGUGGAUUCACGCAGAAGUUCACAGUGUGGGUGAAGCAGUCCUCCAGAGGAAAACACGAAUGGGCAUCUCUGCCCGUCCCCACAUCCAAAACUUACCUGCUAGUCACAGGGCUGCUCCCAGGCACCGGCUAUCAGUUCAGUGUCCUACCUCAGAACAAACUUGGCUCAGGACCUUUUAGUGAAAUUGUCUCAGUGCGAACAAAAGCCGUUCCAACAGAGUUACCGAAAACGAUCACUCCUCUCGUGCUUUUGGACCCUCCCACUCUCCUGUCAGCUAACCGGACUGAACUGGGCAUUGUCCUACAGUGGUUCCCUCCCGAGGCUCCAGUCUCUCCGCUGACAGGUUUUGUUCUGCAGGCUCGGAGGGAUAAGGGUCAGUGGGUCAUCCUCAACAACAACAUCAGUGCUAAUCAGAGUGAACUGGUUGUACAGGAACUGCUCAGGGACUCAUUGUAUGACUUGAGGCUGAUGUCUCGCAGCUUCAGAGUGUUUAGCAAACCGAGCGAGUCUGUGAGUGUCUCUACAGCAGGAAUGGAGAUUUACCCCGUCCGCCCAAGCUUCCUGGAGGUUAUCCCUGAGCCGCUAUUGGCGGGUGUGUUGGGAGGAGUGUGCUUCCUGUUCCUCGCCAUCAUCUUCUCGUUGGUGGCAGCGUGCUACAUGAGUCACAGGCGACAGCAGAGGCGCAGAAAGAGACGAGGGGACCUGCCCGCUGCGCUCCAGAAGAGUCCGUCUCAGGAAGUCCGCUCACCUCCGUGCAGCCCCGACAGCGUCCUCAAGUUGAAGCUGUGUCCACCUCUUCCCUUCUUUCCCAACUCCACCUGCUCACUGUCCAACCGGUCCUCCUAUGACAAAGGCAGCCGUGGGGAAUACAACGAUCAGCGGAAACAACUUUUGUCCAGCUCGUCUCCACCACCUCACUACACCCUCUUUGAGAGCCACCUGGGCUCUCAGGCGCCUUCGCCAACCGCUCUCGAGUCCAUUUCUCGAGGCCCAGAUGGACGCUUCAUUGUUCAGCCGUUGCCUCAGAGUUCGAGCCCCUCCAGCGAGAAGAAUCUGAAGAAAGAUGUCUUACAAUGUAAUGGUAGUGUGAGCGGGUCAGGCAGCAACAGGUCGUCGUCGUUUCGGAACUCUCCGAAUUCGAGCGUCCUGAACUCAGAGAAGGGGGAGAGGAGGGACUCUCCUCUCACUGUGGACGUACCGGAGUUGAGCAGGCCUCCAGCGUCUCCUGGACGGGUACGGGCCAUGGCCAGAAACUUCUCCCGCCGCGGCUGCUUCUACUCUGAUGAUGAACAAGGAUCUGAGACUCUUUUGGAAAGAGCCAGUUUUUAUUCUGAUAACAGUGAGAAAAAACCUAGCGAUUCUCUCAGGAGGUGUCAAAUACCAGGUUACACAGAAGACCUUAUCUGCAGUUUAGGAAGGAGAACAAAGCUUCUAGACAGAGACCGAGACGGGUCAUAUCAAGCAGGUUAUCAGCCAGUGGAGAAUGGUGUGACUGAUGACAGCACGCUGGUCUCUCAGCUAGAGAGUGAGUUAGAAAGGGAAAGUGUUAACAAGUGUGCCCAGCUGGCUAAAGAGAGGGAGGAAAUCGAGAGGGAGUUAAAGAACUAUACAGCUGAUCAAAGACAGCAUGGUCUGGCAAGGAAAGAUGGCUCUAGUAAAAAAGAAAGCCCUCAAAGGAAUGUGUCUAAAUCAGAGGAAGAACCUGUGUGGAAGCCUCAAGAUGUCACCAUCAGACAGAAGAGCAGGUCUUCAGGUGUGACCAGUCGGGUUUCUGACUAUCGCAAAGCCUGCUACUUCGGGAACACCAGCAGCCCCCUGGACAGGCUUCCCACAGCUCGGAUCCAUUGGAACAUCAGCCCCGUUACAUCUGUCACCAGCCUGAUUCCUGUUCAGAGUCCUCACCGGUCUACUUCUCCCGUGCCAUUCAGAGAAACCACUGAGGGGUCUCUGUCUGUGGAUUCAUCACAAUCUCCAGCCACGCAGAACACCUCUCUCCCCACACUCUCCCCUGAUGUGACCUCUGACCCCCCCGUUCUGUGUCUCGAUACAACAGACAGAGCUAAGUCUCCAGCUCUUCAGAAAAAUACAGGUGCGAGCGUGAAGUCCAAAACUGAGCAGAACUCAAGGGAGACGACACACGAUGGAGGUGUUUCUAGAUCCAGGAAUAUAUCUGCUGAUUCAGGCACCCGGCUCUGGGACGAGAGGCCUGGAAGUUCAUCGUCUGCACCAUUCAGCCAGACUGGGAGAGCUUCAGAAGCAGGCCACAAAAACAAAAGGGAUCCGAGUGAGUCUAGUUCUUCUGACUUACUCUGUGAGCGUGGUGAAGAAGCUGCAAAGGCCAAAGACAGAGAGUCUCUGAGCAGGGAUGACCAAUCCGGUUCAAAGAUUUACUCCGAUUUAGAGAGAGAAGGCAUCCGAACACGUUCCCGGAGGAGCGACAAAUGUCUGUUCCCUGAUAAUCCUAGUCCCGUCUCGACUUUAACUCUCGUAGAAGAGGUUGAGAGUGACCUGUCUCAGUUUUCUGUCCCAGGAGUGUCCAACUCUUUCAAGACCAAGCCUGUAGCUCCAUCCCCUAAAAUGUCCCCAAACCAGACAAGUGCAAUUCUGGAAUAUCUGAGCCUUCCGGGUUUCAUUGAGAUGAGCGUGGAUGAGCCUGUGGAAGAGGUUCAAGAGAUGGAUUCUACUGGAACGAGUUCUGAAUCAAAAGAAUCCGUAGUGGUCAAACCAGAUGUUGUCCCUAAAAACUGGGAGGUUCAUGUUCAGGAAAGCCCAGAAACGUCCUCCAGCCGGGAGCAGACAGAGAGCAGCUUUGAUGCUAGCAAAAAAACAGGAACUAGAUGGUCCUCUCAUGUGGAAACCAGGGUAAGAUUUCCUGAUGACACCAGACCAUCCUCACCUGGGCUGGAAAAAACAAGCAGGCAGCUUUAUGAUGAGAAAACAAAAAUCAGAGCUGGGAAUAAUACCACAGGCAGGCCCGAGUCCAAACUUGGAUCCAGGUCACCCCAUACCUUAUUGAGUGCAGCUAAAGGCAUGGCGGACAUUGUGUCCAAACACUCCCUGAGUUUUUCAGACAAGAGUUCGUUUUCAUCAGAGCAACCCCAAAGACAAGCUUCUCAGGGAAGCAGGACUAAUAACAUUGUGUCACGAAUAAAUCAAGUCCCUGUGCCAUUCCUAAAGAAAUCCUUAAGCCUGGGCCCCUGUAGGACUCUCUCAGGCAUGGGACAGCCACGUCCUUUCCUUAAGAAAUCCAUCAGCCUGGGCUCUCAGAGGUGGGAGCACUUUGAGAUCCCAAGAAAAUACAUUUCUGAGAAAUGCUACUGGGAUGAGUUUCCAAGCCCAGAUGUCAGGAUGAAGUCCUACAGUUUGGGACGCACCCCAUCUUCCCUCCCCAUGCCAGGCCCUUGCUGGAGAGAGUACGUCCCAGUUAGGCGUCCCAGCAUGGGGAGCUUAGAGAGGCCUCAUCACAGCCCUUCCUACCUCACUCCAGCCAUGUACCCACACAGACAAACCUCAGUGUCCCCAAUGAUGGAGCCCUCAGACCCACGACGGCAAGCCACUGUUUUCCCAGAAUCCUCCACGUGGUCUCCCACUUAUCAAGACCCUCUGAGGCCUGUCCACCCUCAGUAUGUCCACAUGCCCUCUUCUAUUCCUCUCCCCCACUACCAACAUUGGCCAGAUCCCAGAGGAGAAAGCCUGGGACCCGUAGACCCCAGGAGAGGCCCUCCUAGGUCCUACCUGCCCAGGGGCGUCAGCUGGCCCUCACCUUAUUACACUCCUUUCCCACCCAGAGAGGACGGAGGCUACAGACAUUCAGACAGGAUGAUGAGUAGAGGUGGGGACUAUGAGAUCAGGGAUGGGGGCAGGGCCAGUUACGCCAGUCAGAGCAGCGGCAGAGGCAGUGCCGGUCUCUUUCGACAGUCCCUGUCCAUCACCCCCACGCUGCUCAGCUCCCCGGAAACCACAGAGGAAAACGAGCGUUAUCGAGUUGAGAUGGAGCUGCCUCAGCGGAGAGUGAAAAGAAGGAACACAUCAGUAGAUGAGAGUUAUGAGUGGGACUCAGCUGAAGCAUGUGUGGACCCGGAGGUCCUGGAGGCCACCAGCUCUGGUCAGUCGCAAGCAGGUUGUCCCAGAGGCAGGGGGGACCUGGGAUGUGACCGAGCCGGUGGCGUCCGGGACCAGCAACGGAAAGGCCUGUCUCCCUCAGUCAGCCCACCAGUUUCCUACCCUCCUCGGUGCAAGUUCAGCCACUCGCUAAGCGAAGCGCGCUUCAACGCUCUUCGUCUGGAGUACCAAGAGUACAGGCGGGCUCAGAUGUCCCGUGAUCCCUGCAUCCCCCCUGACCACGGCUCAGACUCUGACUCCAGCUCAGCUCUGCUGUAGCAGCUGAACGCGAUUCCUUUAAAACAAAAACCAAAUAGCAUUUAUUCUGAGCAGAGAGCAGCACUACAGUCCCGGACACUGGAAACCUUCAGGAGUCCAGAUACGUUACUGUGUUGAACUUGUUCCUUUGUGAUUUUCUAAAUGAAGCAAUGAUGAAUUAUUGUACUAUAUUUUUGAUAAAGAAUGGAUGACAGUGCGUUUUAGGAUGUUGUUCAACUUUGACAAUCAGAUUAAAUGAAAGACCUGCUUUAUAAAAGCAGUAUUAAGCUACAUAAUGUUAUAUUUUCUGACAGAUCUGACAUGAUAACAUCGGUUUAUAAGAAUGUUUUUAUCUGUGAUGGUUCUCCUUAACAACACACAAUGUUUCAAUUGUAUUCCUUUAUUUAACUCCAGCUUAAUACAGAAAUUUCCAUCUGUUUCAUCAAUCUACAUGAAUGAUUUAAAGGAAAGGUUUAUUUGCAGCUAAUUUCCUGUUUCACACCGGUUCUCUGUCUCACUGUUUGUUUGAAAUCUGUUAAGUCUUCAUAUAUAGUUUAAUAAGAAUGUUAGGAUGUAAAUUCCUCUUCGUGAUGUCAUCAGAUGAGAGAAUCCUCCUCCACUCCACUUAACACCAACAGGGAAUACAAUCUUUGCCUUAUUUUUAUAACUUUUAAACGUGACCGGAUGUUAUCGAUGAGCUAUAAUUCAAUAAAACUGAUCCGAGAUUACAAACUAUUCACACCCUCUUUUGCAUGUUGUGAGACUUUGUGUAUAUUUAUUAAGAGGAAUGAUGAUAUGCAACAAUGUUUACAAUCACAUCGCUGAUGUGAAGACAACACUGUGAAUAUUUCAUUAACUUGUGAUUCUGUUGUUGAAUUACAAGUCGUGUGUAUUCUGUGCCCAUUAGCCUACUGGGUGUUUGUUUUUUUACUGAACCGAUGCUGUUUUUGUACAAAAGACAAAAAAUUAAAAGAUGUUUCUAGCUGUAUUUUGGAAGGAGUCAACAUUUGUUUUAAUCCCAUUUCCCUGAUCUCAAACCCGUCGUGUAGAGUGAGCAUGCAUCUCUGUUAAUGGCUUUGGAAGCUUUGUACAAAGUGGAAAAUUUUAUAUCUUGCAACCUGUUUUUUUGUUGUCAUUUUUAUAUGUUUUUAUUGAAUAAACAGUUAUAUUCAAAUGAACAGACCUGAGACAUUGUAGAGUUUU